CUCACCUGGCUGCGAGCAGAACUGCACUGUUGGCAUUUCGCCGCUGUAUCAAAACAGCGCUCAUACCUCCUGUCACACAUUUCCCCUGCCGGAGCUCUGCGGUCCAGUCCUGCGAGAAGCGUGGAGGUCUUAACACGGACACGCGAGGGCACGAAAGAACCCAGCGGCUUUCUGCAGUUUCGUCGACGAGUUUAUUUUUGAGACAUGAGUCAUCGUAACACAGCACUCACGCAAGCUUUCUGAGGGUUGAAGUCAAAGGUGGAUGAAGAAACGGGAUGAACAGGUGGAGAAGUCAGUUGUUGGAUGCCAGAAGAUGCUUCUGUGGCUUUUAAAAUGAGCUUGCCAGCUAGUGCUGUGUGUGAUCUGGAGGGAGAGGAACGGACAGCGGAGAAUAUGGAGGUGUCUGAUGGCUUGUUGCUGCAGGUCAACAAUGGAGAGCAGUGGUGUAACCGCUGGAAACAUCCCAACGAUGACUCGGACCGCAGCACCAGCCCCUCGGUCCUGCGCUGCGUUGCCAGCACGUGGAAGGAGGGCCUGCUGAACAGAAAGAGGCCUUUUGUGGGCCGUUGCUGUCACUCCUGUACGCCACAGAGCUGGGAGAGACUGUUCAACCCCAGUAUUCCAUCUCUGGGACUGCGCAAUGUCAUCUACAUCAAUGAGACCCACACCAGACAGCGGGGCUGGCUUGCACGCAGGCUGAGUUAUGUGUUGUUUGUCAUGGAGAGAGACGUCAGUAAGGACAUGUUCACCAGAAAUGUGGUGGACAACGUGCUCAACAACAGCAGGGUGGAGGGUGCUAUUCUGAAGGUAGCCGCAGAUUUGAGUGCUUCAACCAGCCAGCCUGGCCAGGAGCAGAAGGCUGUCAGUAAGGUGAAGCAGAAAGCCAGGGCAUGCCUCCAGGAGAUGGUGGCCAACAUUUCACCAGCCUUUAUCAGGAUGACAGGAUGGGUCCUCCUGAGGCUCUUUAAUGGUUUCUUCUGGAGCAUCCAGAUUCACAAGGGUCAGCUAGAAAUGGUCAAGAAAGCUGCUACAGAGCAAAAUGUGCCCAUGGUUUUCCUCCCUGUUCACAAAUCCCACAUCGACUACCUGCUCAUCACCUUGAUCCUGUUCUGUCACAACAUCAAAGCCCCACACAUUGCUGCUGGGAACAACCUAAGCAUCCCCAUCCUCAGCACCCUUAUCCGUAAACUUGGUGGCUUCUUCAUACGACGGAAAAUGGAGGAGACGGGGGAUGGGAAGAAAGACGUUCUGUACAGAUCACUCUUGCAAGCAUAUACGGAGGAGUUGUUGUGCCAGCAGCAGUUCUUGGAGGUCUACCUGGAGGGUACCCGCUCCCGCAGUGGGAAACCAUCUGUGGCACGUGCCGGCAUGCUGUCCAUUGUGGUUGACACACUAUGCACUGGAUCCAUUACAGAUGUACUGGUGGUGCCAGUUGGCAUCUCUUAUGAUCGUAUCAUUGAGGGCAACUACAAUAGCGAACAACUGGGCAAACCUAAGAAGAAUGAGAGUUUGUGGGGAAUAGCAUGUGGAGUCUUCAGGAUGCUGAGGAAGAACUAUGGUUGUGUCCGAGUUGACUUCAACCAGCCCUUCUCCCUAAAGGAGUACCUGGACACCCAGAGAAGUCGCCAUAUUCCACCACCAGUGUCCCUGGAACACACCUUGAUGCCUACAAUUAUUUCCGCACAGCCUGAUGCUCAGCUGUUUGAGGGACCGGAGGAGGAGGAGGAGCAGCAGCUGAACAGAGAGCUGCCCGAUGACAUCUUGAGACGACAGCUUAUUAACAACCUGGCCAAGCACGUCCUCUUCACGGCUAAUAAAUCCUCAGCGAUCAUGUCUACCCACAUUGUAGCCUGUCUGCUGCUGUACAGACACAGACAGGGGGUGGUGCUCUCCAAGCUUGUGGAAGACUUCUUCAACAUGAAAGAAGAGAUCCUUUCACGGGACUUUGACCUGGGCUUUUCGGGGAAUUCAGAGGAUGUGGUCAUGCGUGCCCUCCACCUGCUGGGAAACUGCGUUAACGUGACCAGCAGUGCAAAUCGCAAUGGAGAGUUCACUAUCGCGCCCAGCCAAACUGUGCCAGCGCUGUUCGAGCUCAACUUCUACAGCAACGGCCUUUUUCAUGUCUUCAUUUCUGAUGCAAUCAUUGCCUGCAGCAUCCUGUCACUGCAGCGAGAGCUGGUUGCUGAAAUGGAAUCUGAUCACCAGCCCGGUGGUCUCAGUAGCCUCCCUCUCAGUCAGGAGAGACUCAUCCGCAAGGCCGCCGGCCUCUCCCACUUCCUCAUCAAUGAGGUGGCCGCGGCGCCACCCUGUCAGACUGUUUACCAGGUUUUACAUGAUGCAGUGUCCCGGCUGAUCCAGUAUGGAGUUCUCUACGUAGCAGAGGAGGACCAGGAGGAACUAAGUCCUAGUCCCACUGAGGAACCGUGGCCCAAAAAGUUCCCUGAGCCUCUUUCCUGGAGAAGCGAUGAGGAAGAUGAGGACAGCGACUUUGGAGAGGAGCAGAGAGAUCGCUAUCUAAAGGUGAGCGUGUCCGCAGAGCACCAGGAGUUCUUCACCUUCCUACAGCGUCUUGUCAGCCCUGUGCUGGAGGCCUACGGCGGGGCCGCAAUCUUCAUCCACAGUCUGUGUCAGCCCAUGUCUGAGUCUGACUACACCCACAGGCUCUUCAAAUACCUGCUCACCCGCACAGAGAGAGGAGUAGCUGCUUAUGGUGAAAGUGCAACUCAUUAUUUGGUUAAGAACACAGUGAGGACAUUCAAGGAACUGGGGGUCCUGAAGGAGAGAAGAGAGAACAGGGUGACAACUCUGGAGCUGAGCAGCACCUUUCUACCUCAGGCCAAUCGAAACAAACUCCUGCAGUACAUCUUGGGUUUCACCCUGCUGUGAUCGAGACAACCCAGCUCAGACCCCAGGCUCCUUCCGAUGAAAAGGGCUUCUACUGGUUACUUCUUAACAAUCCCAGGUGCUACUCUGUGGAAAGCUUUACCAGGAAGUGCCUUCAUGCAACACCCGCUAACGGUUAGCUGUUAGCCAGACGAGACUUAAAGCCAGUCUUCCCCUUUUUGCCCCCAGUCUACGACUCCCUGUCUUAGAACUGUGCAGCUGAUAAAACGUGUGUCAUUCGUGGAAGAGGUACUUCAAGGAAUCAUCCUCUCUUUGGGAACUUUGCCAGUGAGUUUUAAUAUGAUGAAGAUUUUAAACUAUCAGAAAUAUGUUCAAGCCGGUUAGUGAAUGAGAAUCCAAACAAAGCAAGCUGCCUUUCAUCUUUACAAGUGAAUAAGCAAAAUAUACUUAGAAAAUCAUGGUUAACAGUACCGAACACAAAGGACUUUUUAUGUUGACACUUUCUGCACGCUGGCAAAACUGCUGUAUUCUCUCCAGUGCACACUGCUACCAUAGCAUAGGAAAAAGUGUCAAAACGUAUUUCGAUGAAAAGCUAAUUUUGAAAACAAAUUCCUGUACAUAGGCCACAAGAACAAUGUCUUUCAAAUGCACCGGAAUACAUGUUCAUUUACAAAAACAGAUGACAAAAUCUAAUCCUCCUCGCAGACAUCUUUGAUUUGUUCUACUGUACAGUUCCUGGUGUAAGAUAUCAAGAAAUAAGCAGGAAAUGAGUUCAGCCAUGAAACAGUAUCUACAUGGCAAACACAAAAAGUACCUGUGAAAAGUCCAGCACAGUUGAAACUUAUAUUCACACACAUCUGCAAUCAAGUGCAUUCAAGCCACUAAUAUCUAAGUGCAUUCAGUUACACUUUUCGUCAUGGGUUUUGAUGAGAAGUGACUUUGAUCUCUGUGUUCAUGUAACACUUUUUUUUUUUUUUUCACUUUUCAAUGAAUGUGACAGCACAGCACUUAAAAUACUCAAUACCAGCCAUCACAUCCACUUAAGUUCAAAUGCAUCUAACUCAGAAACUCUUUGAUCACGCCUUUCAGGGAGAGCAGAGAUUUGGGAUAACCACCAUUUUUCCUCUAUUAGAAACACACUGUAUAAAAGCAGAGUUACUUUGCUGCAAUGUCUGGGCAUUCGCAAGACAGGGGAAUUGCACAGUGGGGUAGGAAGAAAUGUUACAUGCCCACUGUGUAAUCCAUCUGAACUAAAGGUCAAGGUCAUUUGUGAGAACGAGGAGGUAUCUCUGUUGUACUGUCGACAAAAGAAAGGAGAGGACGUCUUUCUCCUUGGUUUACUUUGAAAUGCAGACUGCUGUGAGCAGCAGUGAUGUUUCUGAAGGUCCUCGACUGUCAGGUUUACCUGUUGUUUAUUUUUCUUCACCUCAUAAUGCCAACACCACUGUCUUACUUUGGCAAAAUCGACUACCAGAAAGUCAUUUCAGUUUUUGUUACAAAAUGCACUGAAAAGGAGUCAGACAGGCUGAGAAUAAAAACUCUGUGAUAACAGAAUGUGUUGCUCUGAAAGUCGAAAACUUACCGUAACUACAUCUGUGAAAUUAAAACCUGAUAGUAAAACCUCACUGCACAGUCCCUGUGCAUUUAGCCGCAAAAUAUUUCCCAGUUUUCUUUUCUUCUCUUUUUUUUAUUGCAAAAUAUCAGCAAGACUCAGUAUUUAGAUCUUGUCUGUGUGUAAAUCUAAAUCUGAAUACAUGUUGCUCUGAACAUGAACCUAAAUGUGCAAGCAAGUUAAUGUUGGUGUGUGAGUGCACACCAAGUGAAAAAGAGGAAGAUGAAGAUGCAUGUCCGGAAAGGGCAGAGUAAGUGUGAGGAAGCGUGGGCAGUGUUAGAGGGGAUGCUAACCCGAACCUCAGACUGAUAAUGAGAUCAACAUGUCAGGGCAAUAAAAUAAAUGGGAAUUGUGUGUCUGAUGGUAUACAUUUAAUAUUUAUACUGAAUGACUAGUGCUUGUGUCCAUUAAUUUUUCUAAAAAGAAAAAAAAAAGGUAAUGUACUCCUAUAAUUAACAUUAUAAACCUGCAUAUUUUCAUGAAGUUUUUCAGGCCUGUGUGUGAAAUGUCCCUGAAUUGGAAAAGGCCACUCGUUGAGGAUCAGUGACUCCCAUAGCAUGUUGAAGAACAGAAAAAGUAUGUUAUUGAAAUGGUGUGAGGAGUGUGAUCGGAACGCUCCAAAAGGGAAAAAAAACAGGCCGUGCUCGAGUGUAGAGGGAGCAUCUUGACAUUCAAAGCAUUUCUGAGCCCACAAUCUGUGUAAGUCCCCCCCCACACCCCACCACCGAGGGGGACCCCAAGUUCACUUUACGUACUGUACUGCAUGUUUCCUCUGAUCGCCUUUAGUCAUCAAUACUGCAAUGUGAACUUUUCUUAGCCUGACAAUUGUAUUUUACAGUGUGUGAGAAAGGUAGCCAUUUGUGUAUGAGAUAAAAUUUGUUACCUCUUGAAUGUAUCUCAUCUGUCCCCAUGAAAAGGUCAAUGUGAUGUUGUAGAAUACUCGAUGGAGUCGGUACAGAUACGAUGGGGAUCGUUGAGACUCAUUUCUCCUGAAGCUGCAUUAACAACAUCCCUCUACAACUAUGUAACUUUGUAGGAUUAAAACAAAAAAAAACAGCCUGUAUCUUGGGAGCAGGUGCCUUUUUAAUGCACUGUAGUGUUUGUUUUUUUGGUUGUGUCUUUUUUUUGUUCUGUUUUUGUGCAUGUUAACGAAGGUUUAUUUGCGUGGGAAUCCAGAAGAAUAAUCUAGAUUGUAACUUAAAAGAAAAACACAAGAGCAGAAAACUUGUGGUUAGUAUAGGAAGAAUCACCAGCUACUAAAAAUAAUAGUGUCACCAUUUUGUUCUUGCUUUCUCAGUGCAAAGCACAAUUGGCAUUACUGGAUUUUGUCUUUAAAUAAAUUAAUGAUAGAUUAACAAUGA